CAGAGGCAACAUAGCCAACAGAGGCAACUGAGGCAGUGGCAAGAACCCAGGCCCAGGAGGCCGUGUUUCUGCUGAUGGUGCCACAGUACGCUCGCGUGCUUUGCAUACUUUGGUUGCGUUUUUUACUCCGCUCCCGGUUGCACGGUGCACGGUUGCAGUUCGCCUAUUCGUUUUGGCCGUCUCACUGAGUACGCCUUGCAAUCAGCCGGGCAGCAAACUGCCGCUUGUCGCGUAAUUUUUGCACCAUUCCGCGUUUCCGGUUGGCGACCCCACUUCCGGUGACCGUUUUUCCGCGCGUUUUCGCCGGCCAUUGUCCUGCCCAAAAAAAAGAAGGUUAGAAGAAGAAACGCAGGCAACGGCGGGGAAUUUCAAAUCCGAUGUCGUAAAUCAAACGAACGGCAAUUGUGCGUGUGUGAUCGUCAGGCUCUACACUGAGAGAAAGCUAAAUAAAACACCUCUUUCGAACUUGUCCAGUGGUCGAGUCCCCAACAAGUGGGCGGCAUUGGGAUUAUGUCCUUGCGGGCACGGAGCAGUUGGCCAAUCCCCGGCAAAUGAAGUGCGGCAGCAUUUGAUUAUAUAGCGACUUCCGAACCGCUUAACUUGGCUGUGAGUGUGCGCGAGUGUUUGCAUGUCUUGAGAGCCCCGAACAGGACACACCGGACCCACCUACUGAUUACGGCUCACAAUAGUACUCUGUGCAACUUGCUCCUGUUGCCGCUGCUAUGAAGGCAACCUCCAGCAGCAGCUGCAGCAGUGCCGCCAGCAGCUGCAACCAACCGGAGCCGCUGGCGACUGGCGUCGGAUCCAGUGGGGUCAGUGGAGCUAGUGGUGCCAGUGGCGCCAGCACCUCGACGAAGCCGCAGCGCCUGAACAAGGUCUCCUUCGCACCGUUGGACCUUCCGUUUCCCAGCGGAGCCACGUGAUACGCGAAUGCGAAUACCAGCACCAGCAUGCCGCACCACAACAUCGUCUGCGAGUGGCUGCGCACCAUUGGACUGGCCCACUACGGCGAGAGCUUCUUGGAGAACGGCUACGAUGAGCUGGAGAUCUGCAAGCAGAUUGGCGAGAUCGAUCUGGAUGCCAUCGGCGUCGAUAAUCCCUCGCAUCGUGGCAAGCUUCUGAAGAGUGUGCGGAUGCUGCGAGAGAAGGGAGCCGCCAUUGUCUAUGUCCUGAUCAACGAUCCCAAGGCUCUGAGCAGCAGCAACGAGAUCCUGGCCUCCGACUGUGAUACGCCGGUGACCAUGAAGGAGCUGGAGGCGGUUAUGAAGCGCCACCUCGAGGCGGAUGGCAUACGACUCACCGCCCAUCCGUACUCCACGCCGGAGGGCAAACGAGGCUACCUGGAGGGCCUGGCCGCCCACUACAGCAAACAGAUCAACAUGCCGUACGACGACGUGCUGGACGCCAUCGAGCAGGUGCGCCUGUCCAAGUGGAAGGAGCGCCACGUGCGCAUCUCCACGGGGCAUACGCUGUCCCGCCGGAUGGCUGGGCCCAGUUGCAGUGGAACGGGCCUGGUCAGCUCCUCGGUGAUGCCCACCAGCCACAGCCAGCCGCUCUAUGUGCCCGGCAAGUACUUGCCCUCCAGUUGCCUAUCAAAUCGUGAGGAGAACGAGAUCUACAGCUAUACGCAGAAUGACUUGGCCAAUCGCAUGGCCCGGAACGCCAUCGACUCCAAGUCGGCUCUGAAUCUGAACGGGAUGCAGCACAGUUAUCCGGGAGCACGGACCAAUUUCUUUUACGACUUUUCGGCAACAGAGGGUCGGAACAAGCACAAGCAGCGGAGAACGGUCUUCCACAGGUUUUUGCAGGGCCUCCGGCAAAGUGGAGAUGAGCUGAACGCCACGGAGGGAAUGCAGUUGAAGACCAAUGAGCGCCUGAGAAACUGCAGCACGAUGAAGCGACCGGAGCCGCAUCAGGACUUUGAAAAGACCAUACAGAGACUAAAGACACAGAAGGCGGCCCAGAAAAAGCCAGCCAGUGCUCCAAUGGAAAUGGCCAUUCAUGACCGGAACAAGGAGGUGGCCCACACCCAUGUGAACGAGAUGCCGCUCAAUAACUAUACAAAGCAUCCCUAGGAUUCGGCCCUAAGCAGCGCUGCUGCUUAGACCGAAUAUACAGGAUAACAAAAACCACACACCACUCACUUAUAGAAAUUGUUGAAUCAAUCAUUAUUCUCAAUCAGGUGAUACACAAUGUUAAGAAAGGCAGGAUCAUAAUCUAAAGGAUGAGGCUAAAUAGUAAAGGAAAUAGAGCAGGCCAACGAAGCAAUAUUAAUGCAUUUAUAACUAACAAAUAGGAGGACAAAUAGCUAUAGGAAUCAUAUCUGCAAGUGUUGAGCUUAACAUACCCAUAGGACUAAUUGAGGGACCCAACCUGAUCACCAUCCGCUCCCACUGUAUAGUCACCUGACCAUUAAUGAACACUAAGCCUAGUCUAAGCAGCACUUCACCUCCCCGUUGAUCCAACAGUAUAUUGUGCACAGAGAGAAAAUCUAACUCAAACUAAAAACCGCAAAAUCUAUGUUAUAUGAAUCCUUCGCAAUUGCAUUCCCUUCGACACUUGUUGAAACCUUUAAACACCCUUUCUGCUAUUAACUCAAAAGCCAUUAGUUGAAAAGCCAACCUGCACGCAAACAACAAAUCGAUGGAAAUGUUCUUGAUUAUUUUUCUCUGUGUGCAUGCUCCCAUCCAACCAGAAUCAAUCUCGAAAUGCUCUUGCCCCGAAGUCUAUCGGCAAUUAUUUGAACACCCCGAGAAAGCCGCCGCAGCAGCAGUCUGCGAAUGCAUCGACAACUGGCCGGGGGAAUGUUGACAAAACGCAAAAAUCCAACAAGCUUAACGCUAAAUCAACACGCACACUCGCACACUGGCUCACACGCACACACACACACGUAGUCGCACAGCCACACACGCAAAAACACAGAUGCAGGCUGGCAAACUUGUUCUAACCGCAGACGUUGCACAGACACACGGACACCAUGCUCACGGACAGACGAACGGACGGAUGCGGAUGCGGAUUCGGCUCUGGCAUUUCCGUUUCAACUUGGCACUGCAUCGAUUUUGGUCUUUGGUUUUUCGAGCUGCAGCUGCAGGCGGAACGGAACGCAACGGAAUCGACCUGAAGCCGAAAUGGUCGCUCUGCCAUUUGCCUUUUUUGCAUUUUAAUUGCAUGUUGCGCCCGAAAGUAUGCAACUUGUCCAGCAAGACCUGUAUGUGUGUGAUUGUCUUUCUUUCUUGCCGUGUGUGCGUGUCGACAGUGAUGGGAAGUCCUUAAAGCAGUACUAAUUUAUUAUUUUCACCCUUCCUCAGCUUAACCGCAGAAUGUGAAAAGAUUUUUAAUAAGCAUAUAAAGUUUUUUAAUAUAUAUAUUGUCAUAUGGAUUGCAUAGCAUUUCAGUGUAACUUUUUUACCUUAAAUCAUGCCUAGGUGUUUAUUUUAAUGUGAUAUUUCUAUUCUUCGAGCUGCACUCGGAUUUCCCAUCUCUAUUCGGUGACAGAGAAUGCGAUUUGCAUUUUUGAGCCAGGCAAAGGCAUUUCAAAUUCGUUUUUAAUUUUGUUUGCUCUCUGGCCGAAAGGCAUCAAAAUGGUCGAUGGCCAUUUGCUCGCGGUUGUCUUUGUCAUUCCCCCCGCAGCCAUCCAAAUCCAAUUCCCUGCCACCAGCCACACUACCAAAAAGCCAGCGAGACAUCCGGGAAAGUUCUGGCCAUUUCGGUGCUGCAGCUGCGUUUAUUAUUAAAUGUCUGUGGCGCCGCGUUGAGCUGCCAGAAAAUUGAAACAUUUAGCGGCUACGUGAGUGCGUUUGCCAAGGGAUCAGCGGCCAUUUCGCGGGCCGUUUCCGGUUCCGCUUGUCGCGAAACUGCAAUUAGCUUAAGCUCUUGUUCCGCCCCAAGGCUGAAGCCCCAAACUUCUAUGGCUGGCAUGGCAGCCAUUUAAUGUUUAAUUUAUUUUUUAUUCGAUGCACCUCUAGCGUGUGUUAACGUGCAAUUAACCCUGCCAGGCUUCGAUGAUAAUUUUAUUUAAAUGAAAUUAAAUUAAAUGCAGCACAUGAGAGACUCUACCAGCCAACCAGCAACCAGCAAUAGUGAAAAUAGUAUAGACAAACAAACAAACAAAAUGCAAACAGUGAAAAAAGGUGAAAUUAAAUAUAGGCAAAGUGAAAACAAAGCAACAAACUCUGAGCGGGCAGUCAAGUGUAAAAUUGUGCGCCAGUUUAAUAUACAUAUAAUUGUUGCACUACCAAUACAUAGGCAUAUACAGCAUACAUACAUACAUACAUAUAUAGAGUACUCAUACAACAGCACGGUCAGUUAAAUGGCCAAAAACAAUGAGAGCAAUCGGCAGAAAUAGACCAGAGACAGCAAUUAAAGCGUAAACUGUAAAAUACAAAGUCAAAUUCAGCCUGGCAUGCUCGCUUUAAUUUGAACAAAAAUAAAUAAUACAUAAUAAAAAUUGAUUGCGGAGUGCACGCCAUAGAAAUGGCCAUAACAUUCACUGCCAAUCAAGCGAGAGGCAUUUCGAUAUUGAUCCCAGCCUCUGCUAGGUGUCCACGGCAAUUAAUUUAUGCGUAAGCUCAAUCAUAAUUUAAAUUAGGACUGCCACAGCUGGCCGUAAAUCAUUGACCAGCCUUAUUGACCCACUUCGGGAAGGGGGAUCGGGGUUCUCCCGCUGCCAGGUCAAGCAGACGACAGCUUUAACAUGGCCAAGUGGCCAGUCGAGCGCAACAAAUCACAAUAAACAACAGACAGAGACAGAGAGAGAGAGAGAGAGAGAGAAGGAGAGCUGAAGGAUUCCGAUCUGAGCAGGAUCCUGUCUCGGCAAUCAGGCUAACAGAUAUAUAUUUAUUAAUUUAUUAUGAAUAUUGAUGACCUACGGUCUGUAUACAAAUAUACAUCAGCAAAUAUACAUACUACAUUUAGCCACAUACGAAUAUUUACAAUAAACGCUGAUGGUCAGCCAUCGACAAAUUUCAAUUUACAUACGUAAGUGUUUAAGCAAAAGGCCAAAGCAUUUCAAAUGCAAAUGGAAGAGAAACGACAAAAAAUCGGCAAAUUGAUUGCCCAAAUAAAUAAAUAAAUAAUAUUUAUGAAAAUAGAGCACGCGCGAAAGCGUGUCAGAAUUACCCAUUUAAAACAUAGUAAAUAUAUUUACACACAUUUGUAUAGUUAUAUGUAUACACCCCUAGAAUAUUAAAUGUUUAAAACAAAUAUUUAGCGAGCAUAUGCCCCAAAUGUUUUGCACUUGUAAUCAAAACAAAUAAAUUGGCAAAAAGUCGCAAAAAGUGUAGCGAAAUUUGCAUACGUUAUAUGAAAAAAUCGAAUAUUUUUAAACUUCAGUUCACAUAGAAAUAAAGAGUUUUCCCGAAAUGUACAACAAA